AUUAGCGCAGUGAAUGGCGCUGGCUUUGUAACCAAUGUUGGCGAAUGGUCGGACCAGGCCGACUCUCUUUCCCAACAACGGCUCAAAUUCUUCUAUCUCAGAAUCCUCGAAUUCUAGUUUGCUACUUGCCCAGACCUCGGAGAGCUUUACUCCGAUCCCGGAUCCACACAAGAAUGGACUUGAUCAGCGAGUAAAAAGUAACGACCGACAUAUAUUGGAUGAAAUAGACGAGUUCACCGAGGGCUCAAACCGCCAGACAAACUCAAAUAACAAUAAUAAAUCGCAUUUUUGGCCCAACAAAAUGGCGGCUACGAACGCUAGCGGUCCCAAUCAACAACUUUCAAAUACAAACGGUUUUCCGUUGUCAAUGGCCAGUAGUUCAGGGAUGCCGAAUAAAGCAGGAACACCAUCGUUGAAUAUAUCACCGUCUGUACAUAAUAAUGAAGUGACUAACAUGUUGGACCAAGCCAGUGGAAACAUUUCGAAUCCUACUUCUGCUAGUAUGAAUAUUUCAAGCUCUAGUUUGCCUUCAUCGAAUCAAUAUAAUGUAUUCAGUUCAAGACAGGAACUACUUCUGCACGGCUUUCAGGCCGGAUCUCGUUCUAGUAAUGCUGGUCAUGAAAUCUCCAAUCCCACAAUGCGUGGAGCGCCGAACGCUUCUGAACAAUAUGGCUCACCUCAACAAAGAUCUUACAUCUCUGCUUCAAAUGAAUCCCAAAUACGAAGCUUAAAUCGACAGACCCCGAGCCCCUUUUCCUCAAAUUAUUUUUCCCACGAGUCACACAACACUCAAUCUGGUUCUAGAGUCGCUAGUUCGAAAUCAGAGGACAGAACUUUGAGUUCUGGUGAACACUUUCAAUGGCAACAACCUCCACAUCGCUACCAAAAGAGCCAUUCUUCUAACCCUUCGCCUGGUCAGUCUUUAAGUCGUAGUCCAAUGCAGCAACCAAGUAUGCCUCCUCGUCAGCCACCACCAUACAUGAUGUCACAACAGCCAUCUCAACAACAGCAGUAUAUGAUGCAAUCCCAGAUGAAACCAAGUACGAUGAUGCCGCAAGUACAGCAGUAUUAUGGUGGGAUGGGAAUGAGUGGUAUGGUGGGACAUGACGGCAUGCAACGACAGCAAGCAAUGACUGGCAAUCCAAUACAAAAAUCGCAACCAGACUACAGUGCAUAUCAACAGCAACACUAUCAACAUUACUCACAACCACCACAUGGCCAGUAUCCAUCACAGAUGCCACCAUACAUGCAAUCUAGACAGCAGCAGCAACAACAGCAAUCAAUGUCACAGAGCCCAUCUAACCUGUCGAGAAUGAUGUCAUCCCAUCAACCUAUCCUACCUAAACCAUCAUCAGAUAUGUAUGGACCAGCAAUGGCUUCAUCUAGAUACCCUAAUAAUGUGGCAGCAGACUCCUCAAUGGAAUUUCCUGGUCAAGGGAUGAAUGAACAUGUGCAGCAACAGACUCAGUACAGAACACCGCAGUCCUACCCCAGCCCAGGAGGGAUGGCACCAUCGGAUACACCAGGACGACCUGUCAUUCAACGAGGAGGAUACUAUCCUGGUUAUCCUAGUUCACCAUCACCCAACAUAACCAUGGGCUCUCCUUUGAGGAAUCUGCCUGAAGCCGUAGGAUAUCCUCCUUCCACUCCUAAUGCUGGUCCUCUUCCUGGUCCACUUCCUGGCACAUCAUCUUUUCCAAACACUCCACCACCUUCAUCAGGGAUUCCACUUUUCUCUAGUAACACAUCAAUGUCAUCACAUGGUGGGGCUGCAGCUGCAGCGGCAGCAGCAGUAAUGGCAGCAGCCAGCUCUUUCCCACGGUAUUCAGGUGUUGGACAAUCUUCAGUUGAGCAGCAGAGUUCACAUGGAUAUGGUGGGUCACAUGAUGGAAUGUCCAGCACUAGAGGACAGAUGGGUGUUGUACCAUCACCACAGUCUGCAACACCUAGCUUACCUCCGUCUGGUUUACCAUCAAUGGAAGGUUCAGCUGGAGGCAAUAGUGUUGAAACUGGUCUUGUACCAUCACCAACACUAAAUAUGUUGCCAACAGCAGAAGAUGUUGAAGCAAUGAUUCAGUCCAUGAGAUCUGAAGAUCUGAGUGAGGAAACAACAUCUUCACAAAGCAGUUCACCUACUGUGCAAUCAUCAUCAUGUAUAACAACAAUGACAACAAGUAAAUCUUCAAAGCAGCCAACAUACACAAACUCUUCAGAAGUGAAUAACACAAGUGAAUCUCAAGGUACAGCAGCAUCGUCUCCUUCUCAGAAUGUAACACCACACCCAACAACAAACAACACAUCGCCUCUGUCUUCAUUCUCUGAAGAUUUUCCUGAAGUACCAUCCCCUGAAGUAUCAAUCUCAUCAUCAUUUGGUGAUGAUGAUGAAGAAAUGAAUGUGCCUGUUGAUGACAUCACACCUACUCUAGGCCAAUCACCUGGUUCAGCAGCACAAAAACAGUCAUCAAAACCGAGUUUACAACAUAGCAAGUAUUCACAGCUAUACCAAUUAUCAGAUGACCCAGAGAGAAAAGAGUUUUUGGAUAAAUAUGCAUUGUUCAUGGAGAGUACAGGAAACCCAGUGAAGCAAGUGCCAUUGAUUGAUAACAAACCACUAGAUAUAUUCAAGUUGUACAAGGUUAUCAAGCACUAUGGUGGUCUGCAAGAGGUCGUCAAAAGAAAGUUGUGGGACAAAGUGAUGAAUGUCCUAGAUAUCUCACAAGUACAACAGACAUGGUCGAGCCAUAUACGUAACCAUUAUACUCGUUAUCUACUGGCUUAUGAAAUGACAGAAGUGGCCACACAUAACUCUGUGGAUAACCUACUGGAAGACACAGGAAUCCCACCUCCUAAUGCUACUGUCACAUGCUCAGAAGCUAUUUUUCCUUCAGUUACUGUAUCAUCAAAUCAGUCUGGUAUUAGUACAAGCAGUACAUACCCUACAGGUUACAACCCCAUGACUAAUGGUCCACAGGGCUAUAAUAAUUAUCGUCACAAUGAUGGCUAUCCUGACACUCCUUAUGACAACAGCAAGUUCAACCCAUCUGGCGUGGAUUCACACCCACCAAUGGCACAACCCAACAACUCAUUCAAUGUACAGUCUUACUCAUUUAGUAACGAGAGGACUAAUUAUCCUAAUUACAAUCGACCCUAUCCUUCCCAUCAUGCAUCUUCUGCGCAGUACCCGGGAUCUGCAGCUCUAACACAGCUUCUACAGCAAAGAACCCAGCAGUCAUCCAUGCAAGGGUAUGGUCAACUAGCACCACGCCAUCCUAUGGGAGCACAACCUCAGAUAAACUUAAGUCAGCAAGACCAAGUGAAUGCCAUGUGGGGCUCACAGUAUAAUGCAGCUUCAGAACCUGAACAUAUGUUUGAUUAUCCACCAAAUGGACCUCCAACACACAGUAUGCGACCUUCCAUGUCACAAAACCAGUAUCCUCAGGGACCAGGCUUUAAUUCAUUCUCCAGUCGACCUCAAGCACAAUAUCCACAAACGCCCCAACAGUAUCACUCUGGUCCUCAGUCACAUAGAUCACCUUCACCGUCAGUACCCAGACAGCCCUUGACACCAACACAACAGCAACAACAACAGCAACAACAACAACAACAGCAGCAACAACAACAACAACAGCAGCAACAACAACAACAAUCACAACAUUCUUUACAAAAACCAAAGUUUCAACUUCAUCAUACAAAAAGAGAGAUCUACUUUCCGUCUGAUGCUGUAGAAUCGACGAGACCAGUUUUCACCAAGAAAAGGAAGUUAACAUCACGAGAUCUAGGUCCCGUGGAAGCAUGGCGCGUCAUGAUGUCACUGAAAUCAGGAUUGCUGUCCGAAACAACCUGGGCACUAGAUACGUUAAACAUCCUGUUAUACGACGAUCACACAGUUGGGUACUUUUUACUGUCCCAUCUUCCAGGACUGUUAGACAAUUUACUCGAUCAUUUCCGCCGAUAUCUGUUUGAGAUAUUUGGAUCGUUUUGGGAAAAAGAUGUUCAAAGUCAAAUGGAAUGUGCAGUGAUAAAGAAAAGUGAACAAGAGGAAUGUAAGAAAGCUGAAAAGAAUGAUGAAAAACUUGAAAAAGAUGUGGGUAGGAGUUUGACGGCAUUUAUCGCUGCAUCAGCUAUCGAUGAUGAUGAUGAUGAAACUGCAGGUGAUAAUAAUGAUUCGUUUUUAGGCCACAUGAGUACCUUCAUUCACAUACAGACUCACUUAGGAACUGCUGUAAGUACAAAACGACCAAGACGUUUUUUAUUAACUACAGAAGAAAAACAAGAACUUUCACUCGCGAAAGAAGAUGACGAGACAUGUUGUAAGUUAAAACAUUGUAACUCGCCAGAUGAGUCCAAACAGGCAGUUACUUGUCAUGUUAAGCGAGAACACUUAGGUUCUUCAGAGGAAUGUGCGGUUAAAUGUUGUACGGAGAAAGCAGACAUCAAAAGCGAGAAUUGUUUUACAAACUCCCAAACAAAUGAAUGGGAUUUUGAUUCGGAUUCGAGUUCUGAUCUUGAUGAGGAAUCCACGACAGGUUGGUCUGCAAAGGUCGAGAAAAACGACCAAUGUUUAUCAUCCAUGGAAGAUUUCACAACUAAGCUAAAGAAGGAACUUGAUCUUGACAUCGACUCGUUACAAGAAGAGUCCGAGUCGAACUCUUAUGUCAAGUCUAUUAUCGAAACAAAAGUUGAACGAAGUAAAAACAGCACUGUUAUCGAGGAAGAAUCAAUUCGUCAGGAAGAUGCAGCUCUAAGUUUAAGAACCGAGUCAGAUGAUGCCAUAUCCAGGCGCUGCGUGUGCGUAUCAAAUAUCCUACGUGGAUUAUCCUUUGUACCUGGUAACGAUGUUGAAAUGUUUAAACAUUCUGGAUUACUAUUGAUUCUCGGCAACCUCCUGCUGCUGUGCCAUAAACAUGCCAAACGUGUUUCAUACAGGCAUUCCUACAUGCAGGAUGAUGUAGAACUCGAUACACCCACAGAUGAUCGUGACGAUUGGUGGUGGCAUUCCUUAGAGGUACUGCGUGAGAAUGCUUUAGUCAUCUUCUCUAACAUCUCGGGCCAAUUAGACUUGACUGUCUUUCCCAAGACCAUAAGUACUCCCAUAUUAGAUGGAUUACUCCAUUGGUUCGUAUGCCGAUCAGCAGAAGCAACUGACCCAAUGCCGACAGCUACUUUUGGUACAUCGUUAUCUGCUCAACAGUUGGUGCUGGAGGCGUUAGCUAAGAUGAGUAUUCUUGGAGGUAACGCAGAGCUCAUUCUGUCCAUGCCGACACCGUCUCUUCUAAAAGCUUUGUACGCAACACUAGUUCGUCUGCUUGGACAACGUGACAAUCCAGUCACGCGAGAACUGACUCUAGUGGUGCUGUCUAAUUUAUCCCAGAGUGACAACGGGUUUGCCUGUCUUGUGGAAAAGAAACAGUGCAUUGCGAUGCUGUUACAGUUUAUUGAAGACGCUGCCACCUCUAUCAAUGCAUAUUCCUCAGGUGGUUCUCUGGCUCAGGCUGGAUUUCAUUCAGAGGAUUUCUGUGGUACUAGUGUUGAUAUGUUGCGUCGUGCUGCCUCGUCAUUGGUUUGUUUAGCGAGAUGUAAGCCAAUCAGAUCGUUGUUCCUGCCGUAUCAAGAACGUUUGCUAACGCUUACCACUUUAAAACUGUUAGAAAGAAUGAUUGGAUCUCAACUUGCCGAAGUAAUGUACUAUUUAUCUAGAUGAUCGUGGCUGUUACCCAGGCCAUCAACCUGAAGACAGCAAGUUGUACGGACAGUCGAGUGGCUUGGUCACCAAGGCCGGUAAGGUUGUUAUGGUUACAGUAAAUAAAAUGAAACAAUAUCUCAGAAAUAAAGCAGGUUCACGCCGCUGCAUGCAUUUUCAUGAAUUUUUGUACAAAUCACUCAAAUAAACGGCCUGAAAAAUCAAGACGAUGAAUAGCAACAAUACUGAGUAACAGAAAUCCUUUGAAUGUAUUAAAUACUGAAUAAAAUGUAGUUAUUUUUCACUGUUAAUUGCUGUGUCAAACCACAGUUAAUACUUAACUAUGGUCAAACUAGCGGCAAAGCCGUCCUAAUUAUCUUUGAGUGGCGGCUCUCGACGAUCAAUGAAAUAAGAUCUGUGCUCAUCAUUGUUUAGAUUGCACUCUCAAAUCAAACUUUCUUUUUCACUAAAGUGAAACCAUUAUUUUUGCUUUUGUUGGCAAUCCAAAGAUUCCAACUCCGGGCAUCUCAGAAGGCUUGUCACGUGAUAAGCCAUUAGAAGGGAGGGGACAGUCUUAAAGUAUUAGUAAUAGGGUCAAACCCUCUUGAUUUUUAGCUCUUGUUUCAUUGGUCAAUCCAGUUCACCACGUACGUCAUCAAUAAGUCGUCCGCUGUAUCUGUGUGUUUGUCUGUGUGCGUUUGUCUCUUUCUGUAACGAAUGUAGUAUAAUACUAUGUGUAAAUAUCUAGAAUAUAAGAUUUCUGUAAAGUCUUUUAUAGAAGUAUACAAAGAAAUAGUGGCGUAAAAAAAUACCCAAGAAAAAAGCGAUAUUAAUAAGGUUUUGUUAUGGGCUGUUUCUCAGAUUAUACAGGGUUUUUUGCACCCACUUUUGCUUGCUCAAAAAAUAAUAUAGAAUAAAAACAUAGGAGAUUUAAUAAAAAUGUAGAGAUUAUGUAUAUUAAAAGAAAAAUAGUUGGAAUAAACGAAUCUUUGAAGAAAUA